CACGACCUCUACGAGCACGUCUUCUACGCCAUAGAUAAGACUGCCUGGGAGUGGACCCCGAAGACCCCCAUCCUCUCCCCCCCGAACUGGAGCGCAGCUACAAGAACUUCACCUUCAAAUUCCACAAGUAAUGGCUGUUGCCUUCCCUGCUGCAUUCAGGCUCAUCAACGUCACCAUCCAGUUCAAGCUGAAAGCCAUCAACAUCCAGACCAUCAUCAACAACGAGAUCCCGGACUGUUACACCUUCACCAUCACUAUCACAUUUGAUAACAAGGCCCACAGUGGCCGGGUGAAAAUCCACCUGGACAACAGGGCUGACAUCAAGGAGUGCAAAGAUCACAGCGUGUAUGGACGAGGUAUGAGCUGGAUUGAUGGGCACAGAGGUGGCAUCAAACCCCAAAGGGCACAAUAGGGUCAAUGGGGAGGU